AUGAUCCAGGUGUUCCCGCCGCCACCACAUCCUCUGGUGGAUUCUGGCGGUGCUCAACGCUUUCUGGUGGAGCGUAUUUUGAACCACCGAGACGGGAAUGGCGUCCGGACGAGUUACCUCGUCCGCUGGCGUGGCUAUCAACCGGCAUGGGAGAGCUGGGAUCCUCGUGCCCAGUUGAUUGUUGAUGUCCUGGGUCUCGUCGAGCAGUACGACGAGACUUACCCGCUGCGUUCGAAGAAGGGUCGUCGAAAAACGACCUCCCCAAACGCGUGUACAGGGAUUGCAAGGUGUCACCCUUCGGCCAUCUCGGAAGAGAUGCGCGCUCUCGAGUAG